CGCUGGGCCUUUUUAUAGAUCACGCUGUUUUUAUCAGACUGGGACUCUGAUCGGACAGAGCCGCGUGAUUAAAUCGGCGAAUGGUUGAAAAAGUCAAACCUGGGACUAAAACAGCGACUGGAGUAGCUCCAAGUGGUAAGCAGCGUGUUAGCACCCGCUCUGUUAGCAUCCCCGGUGUGGCCUAAAGAGAGUGUCCGCCUCGUGAAGACUCAUUGGUGGGACGCGGCGCUGCCAUGGACCGAUCUGCCACUGUGGAGCAUUACAAAGCAGCCAUGCUGCUGAGUGGUGCUGGUGAUGCUCUCGGUUACAGGAACCAGCUGUGGGAAUACAAUGAGUCUGGACCUGCUAUACACCAGGAGCUGCAGGAACUUGGGGGCUUGAAGAACAUCAGAGUUGAGCUCCCUGACUGGCCGGUGAGCGACGACACCGUUCUGCAUCUGGCAACGGCUGAAGGGUUGGCGACCGGGAAGGCAGGUGAGGAGCUCCUGCAUGAGGUGGCUGGUCGUUACGUGGAGGGGAUGAAAGACAUGGAGGGGAGGAAACCAGGGCCUUCAAGCAUUCUGGGGGUUUUCCAGCUGAAGCCUGGUGAGGAAGGGGGCUUCAGAGUGCCAUAUAAUUCUGAGGCGACAGGCUGUGGAGCAGCGAUGAGGUCCAUGUGCAUCGGUCUGAGGUACCCAAAGCCUUCAGAGCUGUUGUCGCUUGUGGCUGUUGCCGUGGAGACGGGCAGGAUGACCCACCCUCACCCCACUGGUUUCCUGGGCUCGGUGGCGUCGGCCGUUUUUACGGCCUACGCCGUCCAGCGCCGGCCCAUCACCACCUGGGGUCUGGGUCUGAUCAACGAGGCGUGUCCCAUCGCCAGGAAGUUUGUUCAGGAUCGGGGCUUCGCUGUGGAGGAGACGGAGAGAGACUGGAGCUACUUCUGUGACAAGUGGCAGUGGUACCUGGACCAGAGGGGCAUCUCUAAUGGAGUGGGACCAUUGAGUUGGCCCUCUGCCUAUGGUCCAGCUGAGAGAGACGAGAUCUACAAGAGCUUCAGUCUGUCCGGUUGGGCGGGACGCAGCGGCCACGAUGCCCCAAUGAUAGCACUGGAUGCUCUGCUGGGAAGCUCAGACUGGGAGGAGCUGAUGAGCAGAGCUGCUUUCCAUGGAGGUGACAGCGACAGCACAGCGGUGAUCGCCUGCUGCUGCUGGGGUCUCCUCUACGGCACCAAGGGGGUCCCCAAAGGCAACUACUGCAACCUGGAGUACCGGGACCGGCUGGAGAAAUGUGCCGAGCAGCUCUACGCCCUGUCACACUGACACGACAGUAACAACCUGCCGUCUAAACCGAUACCGUACCGACGUGCUGCAGAGAGGAGGAAGUAGGCCAUGCGGACGCAGGACAAACGGGCGUUCCCAGUAGAACAUUGGUUUAGAGCGCUGUCAUAUUUGCCUGAAGGGGAGAGACUCGGUCCACUGACCCAGAGCCCUUUCUCACAAGGUUGGUGGGCUCCCCCUGGUGGACGUUUAAAGAACAUGCAGAUUUAUCCUCCAGGAAGCAACCGCUAAUUCGCAAUGAGCUUCAGAUGAAUCCUGCUCUUGAUUUUUAGUCAAGCAAAUAUUGAUUUUCCACACAGGAUGUAAUAAAUAUAUCAAACCCA